CCAUUAUUUCUCCUUUUGCCUGAACUACAAAAAUAAAUGACUAGAAUCUGACGUCAGCUGAACUUCUGUAAUCACUUCGUGGCAGCCGAGGUUCGUCGCGAGACAACGUUGGAAUUCCACGCUUGGGAAAGUAGGAGGUUAUUCACCGUGGAGAUACCUAAGGAUUUCCGUUAGGACUGUCACUUAAGUGGAUUAUAUAAAGCUGUUACAUUUAUGCGUAGAAAGAUGAAUUACUCAUCUCCUAUUCGUCGGAAUGCUUGUCAAAUCUAGCUAGCUGUCAAGCUAACGGUUCCGACAAGAGUUAGACAGGUCGAAAUGGAUCAGUCCGUGGCAAUUCAAGAGACUCUGUCAGAAGGGGAAAAUUGCAUAAUUCUUGUUUUACAUGCUGUGCAAUGCCUUGCCCUUCUGAACAAUGUCACAGAGAGCAGACUUCUGGGUUUGGUGGAACACACCAAGGAAUAUGCGUUAUUUGUAUUUACUCAUAGAAGAAUGGCCAUUACAGGUGAUGAUGUCACACUGGAGCAGAUAAUUCCCAUUUCCUACGACUUUGCGAUUUUUGAAGUUUCGUCUCCAGAUGAACUUGCAGUUGUUGGUGCAGAUACUCGAGUGCAGGUGAUUUUCCUCGACAUAGAAUUGGAACUGCGGUUACCUUUUGGUUCCCACACACGUCUCUUCCUCAGUGAAGUCACUCGGGCCUGGAGUGAUGUCUGCAAAUACCCAAAUGACACUCCAAAGUUUGAAUGGCUUACCAAGUAUAAGAAAGACUCAAAAAAGCCUGGAUUUGUGAAUCAGUCUGUAGCUUCCACUGGAGCAACAUUUACGAAGAUGAGCCAGCUUAAAAGAAAAGAGAAAUCUCAGAAAGCAGACAGUAAAGGACAGGCCAAAGAGGAGAAAAAGACUAACAGUGCAGCAGAGAAGAGCAGAGCGGAGAGCAUCUCUGAGAGCCAGGGAAAAGUCAAACGCGACGAGAGGAACGACCAGGUGCGGUCCUCCAGUCAUACAGUAUCUAACAAGGCCCAGAUGCUCUCCUUGCCCCAGUUUGGCUUGCGGGACAACCUCAUCAAAUGUGAGCUUCUCAAGAAUGAGGACCUGUACACACACCUGGAAAACUUCAGCUUUUUUGUGGGCACGUACAACGUGAAUGGACAGACUCCAAAGGAAUCUUUACGUCCGUGGCUAAGCAGCACGCCCAAUCCUCCAGACAUCUACUGCGUAGGAUUCCAGGAACUGGAUCUGAGUAAGGAAGCGUUCUUCUUCAACGACACGCCGAAAGAGACGGAGUGGCUGAAGGCCGUGUCAGAGGCCCUCCACCCAGACGCCAAGUAUGCCUUAGUGAAGCUGGUGCGGCUGGUCGGGAUCAUGUUACUCAUGUACGUGAAGGAGCAGCAUGCAAAGCACAUCGCCGAGCUGGAGGCAGAGACCGUGGGUACAGGCAUCAUGGGAAGAAUGGGUAAUAAAGGCGCCGUGGCCAUCCGUCUCCGUUUUCACAACUCGGAUAUCUGUGUGGUGAAUUCCCACCUGGCAGCGCACACAGAGGAGUACGAGAGACGCAACCAGGACUUCAGGGACAUUUGUGCACGGAUGCUUUUUAGACAGUCAGACCCCACACUACCACCACUCACCAUCAUGAAACACAAUAUUGUCCUGUGGCUUGGAGACCUGAACUACAGGAUAAGUGAGCUUGAUGUGGAAGAAGUCAAAGGUUUAAUAAUUAAAAAAGACUUUGAAACGCUGCAGAAUCACGACCAGCUGAGGAGACAAAUGGAUUUGGAGGCUGUGUUUGUGGGAUUCAUGGAAGGAGAGGUUGAUUUCCAGCCCACGUACAAAUAUGACACGGGCUCAGAUGACUGGGACUCCAGUGAGAAGUGUCGCGUGCCUGCCUGGUGCGACCGUAUCCUGUGGAGAGGGAAAGGCAUCGAACAGCUGCACUACCGCAGUCACAUGGCUCUGAGGACCAGCGACCACAAACCUGUCAGCUCACUUCUGCAGAUAGGCAUCAAGGUGGUGGAUGAGGAGUCCUACAAGAAAACGUUUGAGGAUAUUGUCAGGACGCUGGACAAGAUGGAGAAUGAGUGCAUUCCAUCUGUGUCUUUGUCCCAGCGGGAGUUCCACUUCACUGACGUCAAAUAUAUGCAGCAUCAGUCGAAAACCCUGAAAAUACACAAUGAUGGGCAGGUUCCAUGUCACUUUGAGUUCAUACAGAAGCUGGAAGAGCCAGCCUACUGCAAGCCUUGGCUGACAGCCAACCCAAACAAAGGCUUCCUCGCUCAGGGUGCUGACAUGGAUAUCGAGCUGGAGUUGUUUGUGAACCGUUCCACAGCCUCAGAGCUCAACUCAGGCCAGCAGCAGAUAGAGGACAUCCUAGUUCUCCACCUGGACAGGGGCAAGGACUAUUUCAUAUCCAUCGCCGGAAACUACCUCCCCAGCUGCUUCGGCUCUUCCGUCCAGACCCUGUGCCACAUGAAGGAACCCAUUCAGGAAAUGCCCCUGGAGUCAGUUUGGGAACUGAGCAUGAAGUCCACCGAUGAGAUUAACGCAGAUGGUGAAAAACCCAUGGACAUCCCAAAGGAGAUGUGGAUGAUGGUGGACCAUUUGUACCGCAAUGCCAGCAAGCAGGAGGACCUCUUUCAACAGCCAGGACUGAGGAGUGAAUUUGAAGAGAUCAGGGAUUGCCUAGACACGGGCAUGUUAGACUCUCUCCCUGGAAGUAACCAUUCCGUGGCGGAGGCCUUGCUCCUGUUCCUCGACGCCCUCCCUGAACCAGUGAUCCCCUUCUCUCUAUACCAGCAGUGCCUUGACUGCUGCUCCAGCUCCAUCCAGUGUAAAAAGCUCGUUUCCACGCUACCUCCAUGCCAUAAAAACGUUUUUAACUAUUUAACGGCAUUUCUUCGAGAGUUGCUGAAGAAUUCUGAACACAAUCGACUAGAUCUCAAUAUUUUAGCUACAAUUUUUGCCCCCUUGUUGCUGAGGUCUCCAGCCAAUCAGGACAUAGCUGAGAAACGAAAGACGCAGGAGUUCCUCCAGCAUUUUCUUGUCCAAGAGCAUUCUUGAUUACAACCCUACAUUAGUUGUACUGGCUUGAUUUAUUUACAGUAUUUUUUUUUUAAAAAUAAGUACAUGUGUUCUUAUAUGGUUGUAUAAAUAAUUGAAUAGGCCUAUUUGUAUUCAUUGACCCAUCUGUAAUUUUACUUCAGAGGAUUUAAGUCAGCUUUUAUUUUGUUAAAGAGCAGCUGGAACACUGACAUCCUAAUUGGCUGUUUAAAAGUAUAUUUUUUAUUUUAAGUGUUUGUAAAUACAGGACACGUUCAUGUACUUUUAUAUUUAAAUUGCAUAUAAAACUGUAGUAAUUUCCACUGCAACUCUUGUUCUUCAUUUUAUAUCAUGUAGAAAUGUUAAGAGGAAACUGUUAUGCACCGUUUUUUUGAAAC